AACAACAGCAACAUCCAUCUUCUUUAUUUUCAAGUAGCAGGGAAUUCACGCCGAACCGUUGCAACUCUGCCAUCAAUCAUUAUGUACCGACUCUAUACACCAUGUGAUUGGCCUUAUUGAAGCUAUAUUUUUCCAGCUUACAAGCCUAGACUAGCCCAGGCAGCAAAUUAAAUUUGCUGCUGCUAGGGUGCAUCUAGGGUGCAUUUCUAGGCUAGAGAAAUGGAGCAGCUCUUUCAGGAUCGACUGUGUCACUCAACACAGUUGCACUGCAACAACAGCACUGCUACAUUCUGAAACCAACUAUUUCCAAUUCAACUUGUAUAGUAAAUAUGUAAUCAAAGAAUGCAUUGGGAUUUGGGUAAAAAAGCACUUUAUAAGAACAUAUUAUGACAAUUAUGUAUUGACAUACUGCGCUGAGAAUGGCCAGUCCGUCUCUGAAAUAUAUCUCCAUACGAUACGGGAGGCCACUGUCGCAUAUCAUCUACCCACACCGUAGAGGUGAAUAGCCUUGGGUUGCAAAGUACAAUAUUGCCAUUUGACCUCCUGAUGGCAGUUUUCAUUUCCUCCAAAGUUAGCCUCUCCAUCCACUUCUUCUGCAGUGUUAUCCUAAUGAGGCUAAUUAGCUGGAACUAACCGACCGGAAGAUUGAGCACAAGGCGUAAGAAAAUAAAUUUCUAAAAUGGGUGUGUCAGAAUAAGGUGAAUAGCCUUUGCCCACGCAAAGACAAUUUUUUUGCUGCUCCGAGCAAAGCGCUCAACAUAGUUGAACACUGUGGUGUAAAGUGACAAACACUCAAUAGGACACUCAGCAAAGCACAAAAUGAAGGAAAAGCUGAUAUUGUGUCUUGAGUUUCCCAAAUACAAGUUUAUGUGUGCAUUGAGACUCCUGGAGGAAAGCUGUAAUAUGGAAACACAUUUGAGCCAAAUAAGCUUUUCAGGUGUGUUCCAACUGUUAGGUAGCUUCUUGUAGGUAGUGUAAACAUAGCUGAAGAUUGAUGUGAAUUGCACAGAACAUCACCUUCUCAUGCUUUUGCCUCCUACUUUGCUAAAAUGCUAUUGACUUAAGCUUGCUUGUUUUUGAAAAUGCAAUGGUACAAAUUUGUGUAUGCCUUUUAAUGUUGUAAACUGUAAAAUAAAGAAAGACCCCUUUAGUCCCAAGAUACCCCAUCUGACUCCUGAUGAAUUUUACCUUUUACGUAACUGAAGUAUGUCCCAGUUUCCUAUCUACUCCAGUGCCUCUGGCCACAGAUGCAUCUUCUGACCCUGGCCUGACCUUAUGUGUUUGGCCCCUGAUGAGACCCAGGAGCACCAAUCUAUCCUGCACUCCACAAGCUCCCACAGCACCCCUAGCUCUGCAGGGACCAGCAAACAACAAAGGGAAAGCCCACCAUGGCAUUCUCUAGUGUCAGUUGGCAAAUGCCCACUGACCUAGCUUUUGAAGACUAUAGUGUCUAUAGUCACUUUUCUGAAGAAGAGCUGAUUCAGCUGGCUGUUGAACGAAGCCUAACAGAUGCCUACGGUCCUUCUCAACCUGCUCAUCAGUCGGCAUAUUCACCACCUACACAAACGCAAUUGGUGCCCUCUCAAGAUGUCCGCAUACCUACAUUUCAUGUGGUCCAAAGUGAAUUUGCAGCCAGGAGACCAGAUGCUAUACACACUCUGAAUGUCCCUCCCCCUGCACUUCCACCCCAGACAGACAAUCUCAGCAGUGAUAUAGCCAAAUUAAAUUCUGCCAUCUUGAAGAAUGAUGCCGAAACAGUGAGUAAAAUUGUAUGCAGAAUGCCAGCUGAGAGUCUGUGCAAACCAGAUACGGAAGGAUGGAUACACUUGCAUAAGGCUGCAUACGAGGGUUCUUUGGAGUGUUUGAAGGUGCUGGCAAAAGCUUUUCCUAAACUAAUCAACAAGGGCACCCACAAGAACCAAACCCCUCUGAUGUUGGCCGUUGCUUGUAAACAUCUUUCAUGUGCCCAGUUUCUGAUUGCAGCUGGAGGAGAUCCUAACAUUGCCAAAACAACAGGCGAGACAGCUCUCUUCAAAGCCUGUGAAAGGGAAGAUGAGAAGAUGGUGAAGCUUAUUCUGAAAUCUGGAGGGAGUAUAUCAAGGGGCAAUGAAAAGGGAAUGACUCCUUUACAUGAAGCAGUGGCAAACAGAAAUGUCAACUGUUGUAAGUUACUGGUGGAAGCUGGAGCGCACAUAGGGGCCAAAAACAGUUAUGGGAUUGAUCCGCUGUUCACAGCCGCCAUGAUAGGAUCCACAGAACUACUGAGAUUCUUCAUUUCAUGUGGAGGAGAUAUUAACACUGAAGCUAACGAUGGAGCAACAGCUUUGUAUGAAGCAUCCAAGAAUGGCCAUGAGGAGGUGGUGAGGCUGCUUCUGUCCAGAGGAGUAGAUGUGAACAAAACAACUAAAGCAGGACUGACCCCUCUUCAUGUUGCAUCAAAGAAUGGACAUGUGCGAGUUGUGUUGCUGUUGCUUCCACAUACCUGCACAAUAGUUGUGAGACGCAGUGGUAUUAGUCCACUCCACCUUGCAGCAGAGCGGAACAGAGAUGGGAUCUUGGAGGUUCUCAUUGAGGCAGGCUGUGAUGUCAACACUCAGCUGUCAGUGGACUAUUCUAUGAUGUAUGAGGACCGUCGCACCACAGCACUCUACUUCACUGUGCGCAGCAGCAACGUAGAAGCAGCCUCCAUGCUGUUAGAGGCUGGUGCUGACCCCAAUCUGGAUGUCUUCAACCCUCUUCUGGUAGCAGUGAGAAAGGGUAAUAUGGAGAUGGCAUCCUUGCUGAUGGAGCAUGGUGCAAAUGUGAAUGCCUGCUUGCCAACACACCCAACCACCUUCCCUGGGGUGCUCCUCUUCUGUAUGAAGUAUAGACUCAUGUUCAAGCUCAUUUUGGAUAAUGGAUGUGAUGCCAAUGCUUGUUUCACUUGUGUGUAUGGAAACGGCCCACAUCCUCCUGUCAAGAUCAGACAUCCCACUUGGGAUAGUCUGCACAUGUAUAGAACUGAAGAUCCUCAUACCACAACAAUACAGUUCUGUGAAGUGAUGGCAGAUCCUUCUCACUCUCCAUGGGCUGGACCUAUAAUUGAUCUCCUGUUAGAUUAUGUGGGUCAUGUGAAAUUGUGUUCAAGACUGAUUGAACUUCUGGACAGCAACAAGGACUGGGAAUACAUCAAAUCAAGACCACCUUCCUCCCUGCUCCAUCUGUGCCGAGUGAAGAUCCGUCAGUGGGUAGGAUGUCAGAGACUGAGGAGAAUGACCAGCCUUCCUCUGCCUGGACGACUCAUCAAGUACCUGUUCUACGACAACAGAGAGUCUCAGGAUUUCUUGCAUUGUGGUUUAGACUAAGUGUGUUGGCUACAUAUUCACUUUCAGUUGCAGAGAUAUGGAACAGCUCUUUCAGGAUUGACUCUCUCAGUCAACACAGAUGCAAUGUGACAACAGCACCACCACACUCUGAAACAAAUUACUUCCAAUAGUGAUUUGCUGCACUGAGCAAAGCGCAUAGUAUAGUUGAACAGCGCACUGACAAUGGAUGAAUCUCGAUGUCCCCCUCACAGACUCACAUACUUUAAUGAAAGACUUGUGAAGUGCAUGAGGGCUUGCUCUCACCCUUUCCGUAAGUUGGCAUUGGUGCAGACUUUACCGAAUGGAUUUACCCACAAUUCAUGACACGAAACACAAGGUUACCCAAAGCGAGGCUGGAAGUUAAAAAAAAAAAACAUCAGUAAACAACAGCCAUGAAACCCUUACAACCUCAAACGCAAUCACUUAUAAAAAGUUAAGUCUUAGGGUUCAGGACUUAGACCUUAGGGGGGACAUCGAGAUUCAGCCUAACACUCAAUAGAACUUUUAACACAAACAAAGCUUCCAUCCAGGCACGGAAUGGAAAUUAGGUAAAAGCUAAUAUUGUGUGUCUGAGUUUUCCCAAUUAUAUGACACAAGUUUAUGUUUAUGCUGAGACUUUGGGAGGAAAGCCAUAUCAUGGAAACACAUCUUGAGUCAAGGAGGCAUACAUCAAGCAGAGUUCACUUCAAUGCAGCAGUUUUGAACAAAUUUGCACAGCAUGGUCACGAUGCUAAGCGGAUUUAAUAGCAAUUUAGCCAGACGUCUUCUAUGCAAUGCUUCUAUGUGGCAACAACAA